AUGGCUUCCACUCUAACUCUCCCUAAGCUACCUAUCUUCGAAGCCAUCGCUAGUCACAAUCCGCAGUCUACCGCCGUAGUCCACUGCCUGUCUCGUCGGACGUUCAAGUAUGGCGAAUUACUCCCGGAUGUGAGUCGCGUGCGCGACCGAAUACUCGAUGCCGCCGGCAAAUCGGACAUCCGGGGCGAGCGGGUUGCCUUUCUUAUAGAGAAUAGCUACGACUACGUUGUCACAUACCUCGCUAUUCUUGCGGCGCAUGCUAUUGCUCUGCCACUAUCCCCACCAUUCCCGGCACCCGAACUGCAAUAUAUCCUGUCCCAGUCGCAGGCUAUCCUUUUGCUACACUCGCCGAAGUACGCUGCGAAGGUCGAUGAAGUCCUCACCACGCCAAGUAAGGAACUCGAUGUCGCACCAUCACCAACUCCCGUCGAGUUGCCGAAGCACCUUGGCGCAAUCUCGGAAACGUUCGAGUCGGUUACGUUCACGGAAGAUGACGAUGUGGAGGGCGCUGGAAUGAUGCUAUACACAUCCGGCACAACUAACCGACCAAAAGGAGUACUACUGCCAGGGAGUGCGCUUACGGCUCAGGCCUGCGCCCUGAUUGAGGCGUGGAAAUAUACACCGUCGGACCGACUGCUACAUGUGCUCCCUCUCCACCACAUCCACGGUACCGUCAACGCAUUGCUCACGCCACUUUUCGCCGGAAGCAGCAUCGAAUUCCUCUUUCCUUUCAACGCCGACACGGUUUGGCGACGUUUCGCAACACCGUUUGUGAAUUCGCCGCAGGUCGCUGCUGCUAUUGCCAAGCCGAAUGGUGUGGCUCAUGCGGUUAAGGAAGCUGUGAAAGAAGUCGCGAAGGAAAAUGGUAUUACGAAUAGCGUCCCCCAGUUCGUCAAGGCAAACGGCUUUGUCAAACCCAGUAGCCUACCUAAUGGCAUCCCCCAACCGGUGAAGACAAAUGGAUUUCACCCAGCAGUUGGCGAGGUGAACGGCAAUAUCACCCCCAUUACGGAAACAAAUGGCACUACCACUCCAGCCCUAGAACUGAACGGAUUUGGCAAUCCCGUUUCUUCAGAAAUCAGCCGUCUAGCAGCGGUCAUUAACCAUUUAGCAGCUGAGGUUAGCAACCUUGCCGCGAAGAUCAGUCAGCCUAGCCAACCAGCUGCAUUGACAAACGGCCUUAAUCAUGUCAUAUCGCAGCAGACCAAUGUUGUCGCUCCCUCACCGGCUCUAUCCGCCAACGAAACGACUACCUUUGUCAAGCAAACCGAGCCGCAGAAGCCCACUGUCCCCGCCGCUAUCACUGAGCCAGCCAACGAAGAGAAGUAUAAGAACUUGUCUCGGGUCAAGAUUACGUUCUUCACCGUCGUGCCUACCGUAUAUACGCGUCUUCUCUCAACUCACAAGACACUACCUCCGGCCAUUGCCGAAGCCGGCCGUAUCGCUAUCAGCCCAGAACACAUGCGUGUAUCGAUCUCCGGAUCGGCAGCCCUUCCGACACCUGUCAAGCGUGCCUGGAAAGAUCUCAGUCGCGGCAACGUGCUGCUCGAACGGUACGGUAUGACAGAGGUGGGUAUGGCGCUAUCCUGCGGUCUCGACUAUGGCGACCGUGUCGAUGGCAGCGUCGGGUGGCCUCUCCCCGGGGUAGAAGCUCGACUCGUGGACAAUGAAACAGGCGUUAUCAUCGAGGACCUCGACCCUUCUGAGCCCGUCCCUGAAAAGGAGCGAUCGGGCGAAAUCCAGCUCCGCGGCGCCAACGUGUUCCAAGAAUACUGGGCCAACCCCGCUGCCACAUCCAAAGAAUUCAUCCCCUCGGAUGAUGGCAAGGGCCCAUGGUUCAAGACCGGAGAUGUGGCGGUUCGGCGCCCCGUGCCCGAGGCCGGUCACGGCACAAGCGGUGAAUGGGCCCGCGGGCCUAUGUACUUCAUUCUUGGCCGGCAAAGCGCCGAUAUCAUCAAGUCCGGCGGCGAGAAAGUAUCCGCGCUCGAAGUCGAGCGUGAGUUGCUCUCCCUACCCGAAAUUGCCGAGGCAGCAGUAGUUGCAGUGCCUUCAGGAAAGUGGGGACAGAAAGUCGGCGCCGUCAUCAUUCACUCUCCUGAACACCUGCGCGAACGACCCGCCUGGCGACCUCUUGACAUGAGGCGCGCGCUAAAGGGACGAUUGGCGAAUUACAAGAUCCCGCAAGUACUUAGGGUGGUCGAGCAUAUCCCGCGAAACGCUAUGGGCAAGAUUAACAAGAAGAAUUUGCUACGGGAAGUAUUCUUAGAUGACUUUAGUGGGGAUGAGUUGUAA